AUGGAAGAAGUGAAUAAAAAGUUUAACUUAGUUUCUAAAAAUGGGACAGAUUAUAAUAAAAUUGAAAUAACAACGACGAUCGUUGAACAGUUUAAUGACAUUGUUCAGUCUUGUAUAAAUCUUCCAGAAGAUGAAAUAUUUUCAAAUAUCUUUCGACAGUAUGCAACAACUACUUUUGUUAAUAUUGAAAAUAUUGCAUGGAAACUUUUGUAUCAAUGGCACAUAAAUAAUUAUCAAUGUCAAGAAUAUGAAUCAAUUUACUUGAAAAAUGUUGCAUUAUUAAAUAUAAAAAUUGUGUUUGCAAACGUACAAGUCGAUGAUGUGAAAAGGUCAUUAUUACUAGAUAAACAAUAUAUAAAUACUUUGAUGCUGAUUCUAAAAGAAAUUAAUAACUCUCAAAUUUUACAUGAUAAUUCAUGUUUAACAAUUUUAUGUUUGUGGCUCGAUGUAUUAUCCUAUUUUGAACAUGAAUCUUCACAUAAUACAGUAUGUGAUCAUAGUUUCAUAGCAUUAAAUGAAAUAAUAACUGGUUGUGUACUAUCUCAAUGGUACAAAAUUUAUCUAGAAGAAAUGAAAGAAAAUAUUUCGAAAAAAAUUAACAAAGAAUUACGUUUAAAACCAGCACAAUUAUUAUAUAUUGGAUCAUGUUCGUUUUCAUUGGGCGUACAUUUAUGUAUUACAAAAGAAUUAUUAAUCGAAAAACAAGUACUUGACCGAUUAUUAAAUAAUUGUCGUCAAUUUGUUAUGAAUUAUGCUAAAGUUAUCACAAAAUGGUCAAAAGAUAUUUUACAUUGCAUAACAGGUAAUUUAUGA